AUGGAAGCCGUCGUUGUUGAUGGCGGGGGAUCGUAUGACCCGUGCACCGAGAGCCACUCCACGGUUUACUACAACCGGCCGGAGGUGCAGCGGGCUCUCCACGCCAACCUCACCGGAAUAAACUAUCCAUGGGCGACCUGCAGUGCUUUAGUCAGCACCAACUGGGGAGAUUCGCCGAGGUCCGUGCUUCCUAUCUACAAAGAGCUUAUCGCAGCUGGCCUAAGGAUAUGGGUCUUCAGUGGAGACACGGACGCCGUAAUCCCCUUAACAUCAACAAGAUACUCCAUUGAUGCUCUUGGCCUUCCAACUAUCACCAGCUGGUAUCCGUGGUAUGAUAAGAAACAGGUUGGUGAAUGGAGCCAAGUGUAUGAGGGCCUGACCUUGGUGACCGUCCGCGGCACAGGUCACGAGGUUCCCCUCCACCGCCCGCGGCAAGCACUCAUAUUGUUCCAACAGUUCUUGAAGGGGGAACCUAUGCCAAAAAAUGGAACCGUGGCAUAG